CACAAUCCAUGUAACCACCACUAAUAACAUAGUGCUAAAAUCAACAACAACCAAAAAAAUAAAACUUUGCAUCAACCAUGGUUGCAAUGGCAGCAGCAACAGCAUCCUCCCAGUUGAUUUUCUCAAAGCCUUGCUCCCCCUCACGUCUGUGCCCCUUCCAACUAUGUGUCUUUGACACCAAAUCAGUGCUAUCAAGUUCAAGUAGCAGGAGAAAGCAUGUGGGUGGGUCUGGAGUCAGAUGCAUGGCUGUGGGGGAAGCAACCACAGAAACGAAGAAAAGAAGUGGAUACGAACUUCAAACACUCACUAACUGGUUGCUGAAGCAAGAGCAAGCUGGAGUGAUUGAUGCAGAACUCACUAUUGUGCUGUCUAGUAUUUCCAUGGCAUGCAAACAGAUUGCUUCUUUGGUGCAAAGAGCUAACAUUUCCAACCUCACUGGGGUUCAAGGAGCUGUGAAUGUCCAAGGGGAAGACCAGAAAAAGCUUGAUGUUGUUUCAAAUGAGGUUUUCUCAAACUGCUUGAGGUCAAGUGGGAGGACAGGAAUAAUAGCAUCAGAAGAAGAGGAUGUGCCAGUGGCAGUUGAAGAGAGUUAUUCUGGUAACUACAUUGUAGUGUUUGACCCACUUGAUGGAUCAUCUAAUAUUGAUGCUGCAGUGUCAACUGGGUCCAUUUUUGGAAUAUACAGCCCCAAUGAUGAAUGUCUUGCUGACAUUGGUGAUGACCCCACACUUGGCACAACAGAAGAAAGAUGUAUUGUGAACGUGUGUCAACCUGGAAGCAACCUUCUUGCAGCUGGUUACUGCAUGUAUUCUAGCUCAAUAAUCUUUGUUAUCACACUUGGAAAAGGAGUGUUUGCGUUUACACUGGACCCUAUGUAUGGAGAAUUCGUUUUGACUCAGGAAAACCUCCAGAUACCACGAGCAGGCAAAAUUUAUGCUUUCAAUGAAGGAAAUUAUCAGUUGUGGGAUGACAAUUUAAAGAAAUAUAUUGAUGAUCUCAAGGACCCUGGUCCUAGUGGGAAGCCUUAUUCUGCAAGGUACAUUGGUAGCUUGGUAGGAGACUUCCACAGGACACUACUGUACGGUGGCAUUUACGGGUACCCCAGAGACAAAAAAAGCAAAAAUGGGAAGCUCAGGCUUCUAUAUGAAUGUGCUCCUAUGAGCUUCAUUGUAGAGCAGGCUGGUGGAAAAGGUUCAGAUGGCCAUCAGAGAAUACUGGACAUUCAACCAGUGGAGAUUCAUCAACGUGUGCCACUAUACAUUGGGAGCGUAGAAGAGGUAGAGAAGGUGGAAAAGUACUUGGCUUAAAUGAUAUGUUAAUGCAAAAGCAUGGACUUUGUGUAUGAAGACUAUCACAAAUCAGAACUUUUAAAGCAAUACAGUCAUGUGGUUUUAAAGGAAGACUCAUUUUAUCUCCCUCUCCCUCCAUUCUUUGAUGCAAAGAAAAAAGUAAUGCCAACAAUCUUCAGACUAUUUAGAGCAAAAACUACUUAUAUUUGACAUGUUUCAAAUUGAAUAUAAUUUUGUCCAUUCUGGUUU